CGUCAUUCAUUGGUCAAAGUUGUGGAAGUGACCGGAUGUAGCAAUGCUAGCUUAACUGAUUAAGUCUUCACAGAAAAACGUCUUAAACUCUGUGUAAGACAAGUGUUUAAUUUAUGUCAGGCUCUAGGUUUAACAGUUUUGGUGAGGAAAUCCCUUCUUUGUGUUUGUUUUGAACCACUGUGGUUAUUUUCUAGCCUAGGUUUGCAGUUGAGAAUGUAAUUAGCCCUCACCAGCAAAGUGAAUGCACACGAUAGACUCCGCAGCUAACAGCAGAAACUUUAUCACGUUUAAGCUUUAAUUUUUUUUUUUUUUUUUUUUUUGUAACAACACGAAUCCCCUCUCCGAGUUUGUGAGACUGUGCGGGAAGAACCACAUCGACCUCUAACCUUGUCCAGCUGAGGACAGAGAAGCUGGGGACAGUAACAGAGUGGACCCAGAACUACUGACCACGUUUCAGGAGCAGACAAACAGAAGAUCUGGGCUGAAACCUUGUUUUACUAAAACAUGUGAAAGUAGUAAACAAGGAUUGUGGAAAGGAGAAUCCCAGGUCUAGUGAGGAUGACUGAGAUGAUGAAGGUUGAAGCAGAUGAACCUGGAGGGUUCAGUCUAGAGCCACCCGUACCUGCAACAUCCACAUCAGAACUGGAGGAGGAAACGCAAGACAGCAAAGAUCUCAUCCAUCAGAUGUUGGUGAUCAAAAAAGAAGUUCCCCAUGACUGGAAUUUCGCUUUGGUCCUGCAAGACCAAGAGCCCCUCCACACUAAGGAGGAAGAUAAGGAACUAUGGGUUCAUCAGAAGGAAGAGCAACUUACUGUGAAGAGUGAGGAUGAAGAGAAACCUCAGAUAUCAGAGCUUCAUCAGAUUGAAACCGGAGACGAAAGGAAGACAAAAACUGGAGGACCAGAAUCGGGCAGAAAAGCAGCAGCUGUAUUACGCUCUUCACAACAAAGUAAGGUGAUAGUGAACAAAAGAGCUAACAGACCGAAACUGCGUUCCAAACGUGCCUCUCAAAUUAGUGCGCACACAGGAGAGAAACCGUUUGGUUGCAAUAUUUGUGGCAAAAGAUUCAGGCACAAGCCUUAUGUUAAGCUGCACAUGAUGAUUCACACUGGAAUAAGAGAACAUAGCUGCGAUUUUUGUGGUAAAGGCUUUAAAGAAAAACGUUGUCUUCAGACACACAUGAGACUCCACACUGGAGAGAAACCAUUUGCUUGUGAUGAUUGCGGCAGAAGGUUUCACGCAAAGACAAGUCUGAGGAGUCACUUGGAGGUCCAUUCUGAAGAAAAUCCAUUUUCUUGUGAUGUUUGUGGCUCAAGAUUUAAAAGGAAUGGAAAUCUUAAAAAGCACAUGAGGAUCCAUACCGCAGAGAGACCUUUUGUUUGUAGUAUUUGCAGUAAAGGAUUUUCACAGCAAAUUCACCUAAAAAGCCACAUGACUGUUCACACAGGAGAGAAGCCGUUCAUCUGUAGGGUUUGCAGUAAAGAAUUUUCGCGACAAGGAAAUCUAAAGAGGCACAUGAGCGUUCACACAGGAGAGAAGCAGUUUAUUUGUGGUGUUUGUAGUAAAGGAUUUUCAAAGCAAAACUAUCUCAAAAAUCACAUGGAGUCUCACACCGCACCAUUUAGUUGCAGCGACUGCGGCAAAUGUUUCAUGGAGGAAAUGCAGUUGAAGCAACAUAUGAGACUACACACCGAAGAGCGUCCGUUUGGUUGUGACGUCUGUAAAAUCCGGUUUAACAAAAAAUAUAAUCUCAACAGUCACAUGAGGCUCCAUCUCGGGGAAAAACCGUUUGUCUGUAGAGUUUGUAGUAAAGGAUUUUCACGACAUGGAGAUCUGAAGAAACAUAUGUGUGUUCACGGGGGUUUUAGCUAAAGAUUGUAUUUUUAUUUGACUGUCCAUCUAGUGUUUCUGUGGGCACAGUUUUUAUUUCUGUGCUGGUAAAAGUUUUAAUCCGUUCUGUCUUUUAUUAUAACUACAUUUUUAAAAUAAAUUCCCAUAGUUGCACAAAAAUUACUUACGAAGCACAAAUUUGAUACAGUUUCUUAAAUGUGUACGAAGAUGAAGUGAAAGAUCUUUGUAGGAUCCCACCGGCGGAUCGGAUCACAUGACGUGCAAUAAAGUGGAUCACUGGGUCACUAUUGUCAAUUUCACUUGGAAGAGCAGAGCUUAAACUCUAUGAUUAAAAAAUAUCAAACUAUAAAAG